AGGCUGUUGUUUGACAGAAGAGCGCACCCGUCCAAGGAAUUGUCACCAGGGAAUUACGGUUCACCAUUACACCAGGAUUAGGUGGGCUUUCGUCUGUCAGUUCUAGCUUACCGGUAGGAGUGCUCACGCCCGCGAAGGUUCACAGAUGGGCUUAGCAGAAGAGAACAAAUCGCUAGCAUCGGAGAAUAAAUCGCUCAAGGCCGAGUUAGAGAAAGUUCGAACCGCCCUUGCGAAAUCAGAGAGCACAUGCCUGGCGCUGCAGAAAGACCUUGCAGGUAUCGACGACAGCUAUCAGAAGCGGCUAGGGAAGCAAGCAGAGCGGCUCGCUCUAUGUCAGAAUGAGCUUGAAAUUUUUCAGCUGCAUGUGGAAAGACUCAAGCGGGAGAAGACGGAUCUUGAAGAAUCCAUAUCCGCGAGCAGUCAGCACGACACCUCCGCUUCGUUAACCACCGGAGCCGCUGAGUCGCAAUUUCGACCAAAGCAAUCCGAGGAUCUAAACGUUUAUGAUGCUGAUUCGUCGCAAACGAAGGGCCUGGAGAAUCCGCAGCACGCUGAGCGUGAUUCGUCCAACGAAUCGGCGGACAGCCAUCCCGACGCGCUCGGGAAUAUCGGCAAGUGCAGCACUGGCGGCUCGUCCGCGGAGAAGGGAGUCACAGGCGUUUCAACCCCUGAAACCGACCAGUUCUCCCUCGGAACCGCUGGACUCAACUCUGGCGUCAUCGACAGCAUUCCUCACCCGGAAUUGAGUGGCCAGAAGCAUCUUCAGCUCGAGACGGCGUUGGAAGCCGCGAGGACGGCGAAUACCGAGCUGAAGUCGCAGCUGGAGCAGAAGGACAUGGAGCUGGCGCGAGUGAGGGAAACGGCCACGUGGCAGGAUCUGGAGAUGACCAAGCUGAGAGGCAUGGUGAAGGACCUGUCCUUGCCAGACUCUGCCAUGAAGAUGCCUGAAGCAGAUCCUAAGGCUUUGGUAGCUGCUGGUGAGAAGAUCAAAGACUUGGAGAAGCAGGUCACAGAGCUGGCUUCAGCCAAGCGGAAGAGGCCCAAAUUCUUCAAACUGUUCUGCAUCUCCGUGUGAGGGCUGUUUGGGUGCUGUUCAUGCUCUACGGUAGCAGUUCACUGUUCAUAUUCUUUUGUUUUACCUUUCUGAACUGAUUAUUCUGCUCUACAGAUCAG